AACUCAUUUUUGAAAUUUAAAUCCCACUCCCUGUGUCACAAUCACACACUUAUAAAUACAUAUAUUUAUGUUGCUCUGUGUGUCAUUCAGUUUAUGGGCCUUGAUAAAAUAAUCGAUUUCAUACAAUAAUAUCCUCACAAACACACGGUUUUAGCCAACCCAUCACCCAUGUGAAUAUCACCACUCCAGUCUUCUAAAAAUCUCUCUAUAUUCCCACCGAAAGUCUCACAAGUCAUUCCAAUUUUUCCUAUAUUGUGCACACAAAUUUAUUAAAGUUGUGUUUGAAAAGUAAGUGUAAUAUAUUGCCACCUCUACACGGUGGACAUUGCACGUAGUUACAAUUUUUUGUAGCCAGAAACUAAAGUAAUCAUCACCCUUUUUGUUUAUUUCCAGCAUGUGAACUUUGGAGCACAAAAGUCUGUACAUUUCUUGUGUGUUUCUUAACCAAACUCUUGACUUCUUGGUUUGGCUGCUUCUUUUUCCUUCUUAUUUUUUUGGAUUCAUUUCUUUUGCCCAAUCUUUGCAUCUCUUUCUAGGGAUCUCUGUAACUUUCUGCCAUUAAUAUAUCUUGGAUUUUUGCAUACACAUCAAAUUUUACAAUAGUGAAAUAUUUGGCUCAUCUUCACUGGGCUUGUUUGGAUGCUAGUACUAUAGUCUAUUCAUAUUUGAGUGAUGCUAUGAAGAUGGUUGCAUAGAUGUGAGUUACUAGUGCAUUAAAGAUGGGAUCUUUCAGUCAUUUAGGCAUUGGUUUGAGUUUCUUGUUUGGUUGUCUUUUAUUAGGCUUCAUUGCAGAGCUUUAUUAUGUGUUAUGGUGGAAAAAGAGAUUGAGAAACAGGGCUAUUCAAGAUCCUUCUGAACCCACCACAGAGGUUUCCUAUAUGUUUUGUUGGAGAAGCCCUGUUGGAAGUAGCAGAAAACAAGAACUGCCCAUUUCUAUAAAAAGGCCAACAAAUGGUCUUGACCAAGAUUUACAGAUGUUGAAAAACUACAAUGGUGAAGAAGGUAUUGAAUCAGAGCUCAUGAGGCUGCACAAUCUCUGUGGGCCACCCAGAUUUCUCUUCACAAUCAAGGAAGAAACCAAAGAAGAUUUAGAAUCUGAAGAUGGGAGAUCAAGAGGUGAGAUAAGUUUUAGUAGAAAAGGGUCAAGAAGUAAGAGCUUAGGGGAGCUUUUGGCUUGUGUUGAGACACCUUAUUUGACACCUUUGGCUUCACCUUCCUUAAAGUCACAGUCUUUGGAGUGUUAUAAUCAUCAUGGAUUCAACCCUCUUUUUGAAUCAUCAACUGAUGCUGAGAUUAACAAGCUCAGGUUCUCACCACCUCCAAAGUUCAAGUUCUUGAGGGAUGCUGAGGAGAAACUGAUGAAGAAACUAAUGGAAGCUGCUGAGAGAAAGUGCCUGUACAAAGUUGAAGAGAAAGAUGAAUCUCUAGGUUCAGUUGUUAGUGAAAGCAAAUCAGUACAGUCUCAUCCUACUGCUUCUUCACAGGUACUUCCAUUGUCAACUUCUCCUCCAGAACUCAAAACUGUUUGAUUAGGAAGUUUAUUGUGCAAUUAGCUCAGAAUUAUGGUUUUGAAUUUUUGUUCUAAAUUCUUGUUUUUAACCCUUUGUUUAUUGGAGUUACAAAUCAUCAAUUUCUGUUCUUCUCUGCUCA